UUAGUCAUUACCGUCACUUAGGGUUUAUUCACAAACACAAACAUUCUUGAGUCUUGCCAGUUACCUCUUACUCUCGUAGUGCUCCUCUCCUCGUCAGUACACAGUCGUCUAUCACUCUCAAGUCUCAGUAUUCACAUCAAGAAGAGGUAUUCAAGCUUACACCAAAGACGAUUUGCUGCGCUCAACAGCAUCUUGAGCAUGUUCAGCAGUUGAUUCUGGUAGGACCAGCUGGAUUUUCAUCUGAGACUGAACAUAUGUCCGAGCAAAUGACCCAGUUCAGAGCAACUUGGAAGGUAGCUGUCUUGAAUCAUCUGUGGGAGUCUAAUUUUACCCCAAUGAAACUUAUCAGGUGGACCAACACACCUUAAUUCAGAACAAAGUGAAGCUGGGGUGAGGCUGCCUAGAUAUACCCUUCCCCGAUACCCACGGAGUGGGUAUGAACCGGGUCGACCCUUAGGAGCUGAAGUUCCUCUUUAUUUGUUGUUGUGGAAGAAAAUCCAUGGCUAUUAUUUGGAAUCUGUAAAUGGAGCUCCUUAAAAGCUCGGAUCCGUAUGCAGCCCAGGUUAUCCACACUCCAGAACUUCUUUGCUGGAAUAAAUCUACAUUGACCAUCAUCUUUGGCUGAACUUCUUCUGUUAUGACUGCUAGAGCUAGAUCUAGAACAUUCAUUGCUUGAAUAUGAAUGUUCCUGUAUCUAUUUGGAAACCAUAUCCAGAUUUGCUCCGUUACUCUCUUAAAGCUGUUAUCCUGAUAUCAACCUCCUUCUCCUGGACGUAGGGCAUUCAUUCAACCACCAAAAAAGAGAACAACAGAUACAACUUUCGUGAUUGCAACAGCACAAUCAAGCAGUCUGAUAAAGGAAAGGGAUGCUGCAUUAACUCAAGCAAAACUAGACAAGGCCACUCUCAAUUUUAGGGUUUUUGAUUCUCCAUUUUGGAAUUUUCUUGUACCUGUUAUUCCUACUCUCGCUGACCUCACCGGACCUGCUCUCAAGUAAAGAUCUCAUGCCAAAGUAUCAAGGUGUUGCUCAUCUGCUAAUUAUCUCGUGUUGAUUCAGCUUCCUGAAAAAAAUACAGCAAUAGUUGAUUCAUUGAAGACACUCUUUUUUGCCAAAGUACGUCCGAGUUGCAUUCCCCCAGUCUUUUUUUUUUCUUUCUUGAAAAAAAUAAUUUUUGGAUGGAUUAUUUGGUCUCUUUGAAUACCUGCACGGAGUUGCCUUAGUUUAUCCUUAUUAUCUAUGCUUGAAAGUUAAAUGUAUCACUUGCACAAAUCUUGCCUUUUGCUGUCACUCAUGCAAGCAGGUGAUGAAAUCCAAGAACAAAACUGAUUUUUUAUAGGGUGGAACCUCGUAAACUUGGAAGAUUACAGAGUGGAACAGGGAUAUGUCAUUUAGCCAGAAAGUCCUCUACUUGAAGGCGUCGCAAAGACGUUUGCGGUCUCCAUGGCUAAUCCAAACCUAUUCUUUCUCAGACAUUGUCCACAAGAAAACGAAGCUUGCUCCUCUACAGGAACGUAGAAUGAUUGACCGCUUUCGCAUAUGGGCCAAAGGAGGUGACGGUGGCAACGGUUGUACCAGUAUUCGUCGUAGUCGACAAGAUCGCCGUGGCAGACCUGAUGGUGGGAAUGGUGGACGGGGUGGUGACGUGAUAUUAGAAUGUUCUCCUACAAUGUGGGAUUUGAGUGCUCUGCAGCAUCACAUUAAUGCAAAGAGGGGGGGGAAUGGGUCAUCCAAAAAUAUGAUAGGAACUAGAGGAGCUGACAAGGUGGUCCAGGUUCCUGUUGGUACCGUAAUUCAUCUAGUAGAGGGUGAACUUCCAUCGGCAGUUGAGAAGAGUUCAAGUUCUAAGUUGGACCCUUGGGAGAUUCCACGUACAGUUGAUAUUGAUUUGCCAGAGUUUUCUACACAAUCAAAUUUGGUGGAUCAAACCAGGUCAAAAGUUGAGAAGAAAGUCAAAUCAAGUGGGCAUCAAGCUCGCGAUGGUGAAGAAUCCGCUACAUCUAGGAGAAGAACUUUUGGUUUGCCGACCUAUUCCAGCACACUCUGUUCAAUUGCUAGAGACAAAUUCAAAUAUGAUGUUGAUGAUUUUUCUGAUUGCGAGGAAGAAAACUGUGGACAAUUGGAAGAUAAAGAUGGUGAUGAUAUCAUGGGAACAGAAUGUGAAGAUGAGUUGGAAGAAACUGAACUUAUAGAAUACAAUGUGGCAGAGUUAACUGAACAAGGCCAACGAAUAGUGGUUGCUCGUGGAGGGGAGGGUGGCUUAGGAAAUCUGUCCCAGAGGAAAGUGUCUAAGAUGAUGCAAAAGAGAGCCGAUUCUGAUGAUGAAGUAUCUGAUGAUUAUGAUCAUGCAUCACCAAAUGUUGGCUUGCCUGGCUCAGAGGUGGUACUUGUGCUAGAAUUGAAAAGCAUUGCUGAUGUGGGUCUUAUUGGGAUGCCAAAUGCCGGCAAAAGCACCCUUCUUGGGGCGUUAUCAAAGGCUAAACCUGUUGUAGGUGAUUAUGCAUUCACAACAUUGAGGCCGAACUUAGGUAAAGUCAAUUAUUACGAUUUUUCUUUAACUGUAGCUGACAUCCCAGGACUCAUAAGAGGAGCCCAUGAAAAUCGUGGGCUUGGACAUGCUUUCCUUCGGCACAUAGAACGUACAAAUGUUCUAGCAUAUGUGGUAGACUUGGCUGCAGCACUGGGUGAUAACAAGGGAAUACCACCAUGGGAGCAGCUAAAUGACUUGAUAUUGGAACUCGAGUACUAUAGUGAAGGUUUAUCUAAUCGACCAUCCUUAGUGGUGGCCAACAAAGUCGAUGAAGAUGGGGCUGAAGAGGUAUACAAAGAACUAAAACACCGCGUAUCUGGUGUGCCCAUUUUCCCAGUUAGUGCAGUCCUAGAGGAAGGAGUACCUGAACUGAAAGAUGGUUUAAGGAUGCUUCUCAGUGGUGAACAAACACACAGGCUAAAAUUAGAUGGUAUAGCUCUUCACCAGGAUGCUGCUGCUUUUGUGAGCACAUCUAGUCUUGUAUCCUUUCCCUUGAAAUGAAAUAUUUUUUUCACUUAAGGAAUAAAUAAAGCUGCAUAUUUUAAUUUA